AUGUACGUAUCCGCCAUCACGGACAAGAUGGAGCCAUAUGAGGUUGUGAAGUUGACAGAGGAGGUAGAGAGCACCACCAACCAGGUUGAAGGGCUUUCCUCCAAGAAACGAAAACGCAAAAGUCAGGAAGAGGUUGAAGGUAGACCCAAGAAGCCCAGGUCUGCCUACCUGCUGUACUACUUUGACGUUCAUCAGAUAAUGCAACAAGAGAGGCCCAGUCAGCCACAAUCAGAGAUCAACAAGCGAAUAAGUGAGAGCUGGAAAAGGCUCAGCGUGGCAGAGAAACGCUAUUAUCUGGAAAAAGCCAACUCAGAGAAGGAGGGCACUGAUACAUUUUCUCUCAACACCUCCAAAGACCUUCCAGGCUUCCGUAAAAUUCUACCAAGAGCUACUAGUAGUUACCUUGUCCUGACAGACGAUCUUCAGGGUGGUUGCUCUCUGGCAGAUUGUCUCAAUCCUCCUGUUGAUGGAAAUGCAUCUUUUCCGGCUUUGACUCAAGAGCCGAAAAAUGCCCAAGAGCUUUGCUUAGCCAGCAAGGUGGAUGUUUCUCAGAUGUCUCUAAAUAAUAACAUUGGAAAGGAUAUAGGAGAGGCAUCGUCAUCAAUUACGAUUAAAUGCGGGUCUCCAGCUUCCAGAGACAUUUCUUUCUCACAGAGCCCUGUGGAUGCUACAGGAAGCUGUGUUUCAAUGAAAGGAUGUGAGAUAGGAAAUUCUGCUUGUGUAAAUAGUGGGGUGACGAUUCACCAACCCCAAAGAGAAGCAACACAAGUGGUUGCCAUCUUCUCCAACCAGAACCAGCUUGAGCCCAAAUCUUUGGCAGGGGUCAGCACUUUGGGCGCCUUAAUGAUGGUACCCAUGGCAGCGAGGGAAGAGCAAAGUACUGAGCCACCAUACAAGAUGGCUGUGAAGACAUACACCAGAAGAGGUCGUGGUAGAUGUGUGAAUCCUCAGUGUUCAUUUGUGUAUGUCACUCGCCACAAGCCAACAAAAUGCCCUGAAUGUGGAUGCCAUCUUGGUGGCAAAUGGAUUCCUGCUGCAAAAAAAGCCCAGAAAAAAGGUCUACACGUUUCCAAGUUGGUGUCAGAUGCCAAGUCCAGUUCAAGCUGCCAAAACACGAUGCAGAAGGAGCAUGCCAAUUCCAGUGAAGCUAAACCCAGUGGGAGCAAAAGAGACAGGCAAACAGACUUGAAAAACAUCAAUGCAGUUACAAAUGUAGAACCAGCAGAGGGCAGCAAGGAAACACCAGCCGAAAUAUAUGUGAAUGUGCAGCCACAAAUAAGGCAUGUAAAAAAAGUAGCACUCGCAAGUCAGAGCAUGUGCAAUGUUCAGGGGAGGCCGGUCAGACCCAUCUUACCUUCUUCCUGCAGCACAGGUCAAGCUUUGUUCCAGGUCAUGGCCGUCCCAACAUUGAACAGAAAAAUACCAACACUUAACAACAAACCACUUACUGAGCUACAAGAGAGAUUCUCAGGUCUCAAAGACGGUACUCUUAAACAGCUUGGCCGGGUAAUCCAAUCCAAACAGGAUUCUUUGGUCACGGCAAGCCAGCCUGUUUCUUCGCCAUCUCAACAGGGCAUGACCAUUGUGUCGGUUGUGCCUUUCAAGCACACAAAUGUCAAUAGCUUUGACCUAGGACUGUCAACAGCAAGAGGUCGGGGACACUGUAAGAACAAGUUUUGUGACUACGUGUACAAGAACAGACACAAACCAUCUGUGUGUCCAAAAUGUGGUUGUGAGCUGACACAGGGGAAGCCUAAGGGCCCUAAGAAGUCUGUUCGAGGGGUCGAUCCAUGCCAGCCUCUAAGUCCUUCUCAGAAAGACAUCCAACGGCAGUCCACCCUGCAGCUUAUUCGCCAUUCCCUGCAGAUUCCAGAGAGCGAGGCAGAGCUCCAGGAAACACUUGCCCUCAUCCAGGAUCUUAACAGUCUUCAGAUUGUCCUACUUCAACCGGGAGAACAGAAGAAGGAUGGGACCGUUGAAACCCAGACCCUAGUGGAAUCAGGAUGGCCUCAGUUCUAUGAAUCAUCAGCAACUCAAUGUGUCCUCUGUAAAAAGCCUCUUUACAAAGGAGAUCAGAGCACGAUAGCUGGACAGGAGGAAUGCUGGUUGCUUACUGAGACGUUAAUCCAGACAGCAUCGUUGCAGCUCAAAGUCUGUCUCAAUGCUCGAUGUCUGGCUCUGCACAGCUUCACUGACCUGCAUCCAGGUUUGUUCAACAUUGGAAACAAACUACUGGUUAGUAUUGAUCUGUUUCUGAAAAUCAGAGCCAAAAUGAGAUUGGGCCACCCACCCACUCAGGCUGUCAGGACCUUAUUUGACCAUGUCUCCAAUCACCCCGUCCAUACGUUGAGUCCAGAGGAAUCAUCCCAAAUUCAAGAGUUUUUGCUGAUCGGCUACUGGGCCUUCGAGAGCCUAACGCUGCGAGACUACAAUGAUAUGAUCUGCGGCAUUUGUGGCGUCGCCCCCGUGUUGGAGAUUUCCAGGCGAUACACGAACAAUGUGCUGGAGCUCAAGAAUCUGGAGUUCACCUGGCCCGAGUCAUCAGUGUCGGACGAAGUGAACUUGGAUGACUUUUGGCUGACAAUGGAGACUGAGGCCAUUGAGCAAGCAGCUUUCCCGACAGAGAUCCCCAUCACACGGGUGGACGCUUCAAUUAUUGCACCCUUCAUCCCCCCGUUGAUGAGGAGCCCCACUGUAAUUAACACAGAGAAGGACAAGCUCAUGUUACCAACACAGCUGCCCAAUGCGCCGUCAAUUUUAGUACGGCUCAUUCAUGAUGGCGAGUUGAGGCCCGACAAGAUCCAAUACCUCAGCGAAGAUGAGCUGAGAACAAUUCUGGAGCGCUGUGGGGUGAGCAUCGCUCCAGGCUCCACGAAGAACGACCUGAUGUCUUCACUCAUCUCCAUGUGCACGUAUGUUCAAAGCGGCCUCCCCACUGGCCCACAACCCCCUCAGCACCUCACAGCCGGCAAGCUAUGCAAGGUCUGCCCCCACAAGGUUGUGUGCAGCUCCAAGUAUUUGGUGAGAGGAGAGACUGCUCGGGACCACGUGGACCUGCUGGUGUCCUCCCGUUUCUGGCCCCCGGUUUACGUUGGCGACUGCGCUCGACAAGUGGCUCUUUGUACGGACAUGCAGUACCCAGGAAUGGCCGCCCGGAUGUGGGGUCGAAAUCAGGGCUGCUUCUCCGAGCCUUUUGAGAAACCAGAGUUCGUGUCAUGCGCCGAGCUGCAAGAGAAGCCAUACAAUGACGACCUAUCUACGACCAGAGACAACGGACAUCUUCACCCCUACACUAAAUCUCCCUUCCGUUGGCUGGUGCAUCCUCCAACAUUGUCUCCGAGCCACGAGACUUCUCUUCCAGAGCACCACUCCAUGGCUUUGUGUAAAGACCUCGAGCACCUCAUCUGUACUGUGACGCAAAUCACUGGGGAGGAAAUAGUAAAAGAUGAAAAACAGAGCCACCAAAGUUCAGUGAACUGUUUAAGGACACAGCAUGUGCUUUUCAGCAACCCGGCGCAUUACUACCUCUACAACCGCCUGCUGGAUUUUCUCUCCAGUAGGGACAUUGUUAAUGAGCAGAUUAACCAAGUCGUAAAGGUGUGCCAACCCGGAGAAGUCGUCAUCCGGGAUACGCUCUACCGGCUCGGAGUGGCAAAUAUCAACCUGGUGGAGGAAGAAGAACAAAAAAGCGUAGAGGAGGAACCGAAACAAGGGACAGAGAUGAUGUAUGAAGUGGUGCUGCCUGAAUGA